ACAGUUAAUUGCGUCUUUACGGUGAAACAUGGCGCUCGGCAGCCGCAGAUGAGUCCUGUGAGUUCUGUAACGGACUGAGACGCGGGGGUAAAGACUGCCGACCUCUGCUUCCCCUUCUCUCCGCGGACACAGCUCGAUCCUCCUUCGGCUCUCCGUUGCGUUCAGGCUCCAGUAAGUGAGGCAGCGGGGCUUCCAGGAGGAGCCGCCAUGGCGUCGCAGGGAGGCGUCGCGUUCCUGCAGAAGGUCAACAAGAUGCUCAGCAGACAGAACGGGAAGCCGGUGCUGAAACCCAACAGGCCGCUGGCUCUGAGAGACACCGUGGCCGACCGCAAGCUGUCGAAAGGAGAGGCCUCCUGCGUCACAGAGAUGUCCGUCCUCAUGGCCUGUUGGAAGGACAACAACUUUGUGGACGAUCUGUGCUCGACUGAGAUCGACAGCUUCUACACGUGUGUGAAGGCGGCUCAGGCGGCUGCAAAGAAUAAAUCUCAGCAGACCGGCACCUAUGCAGGACGCCUGCAUCCAAAAGAAGCCAACGCCCUGCUGAGGAGAUACCCCAACCUGCGCACUGAGAUCUAGGAGGCGCCAAUGCGUUCGUCAUGUGGACUUAAUGUGCAGGUUUAAAACAGCUUCACUGGACUGAGUCCAAAAACAAAGAACUGCACCUCUCUUUCAGCAUUUAAAGUCAAGUUGCUUAAUGUUAUUUUUCUUUUAAAUCAGUUUCCUGGUCCAGACUCUGUAUUCACAACACACUCUUGAAAUAUGAUGUGACUUUCUCCUGUGUCCUUACUUGGCUCCGGAUGAAAAAUGAUGCCAUCUUCUUGUCUUAACCCAAUUUACCAGAGUGGUGUCAUGCACUGCAGAGAUGUUAUUAGCGGACGUGAUGGGAAUUAUUCUUAUUAUUAUUCUUCGGUUUCACGGCUAGCCGGCCCCCCGGGAACUUCUUAUCUCUGAACACUUAAAUGCCUCAUCAUCGCUCUAUAGUGGAAGUUGAGACUUGUGGUUAACGGAUCAAUCAGACAGCGUCGCGUAAAUAUGGACACAGUUACCAGUAAGCACAGCUCGGUGUGGUCGAUGUAGACUAGAAACUCCUGAAUGGAUUUGAACUGUCUGGUUGUUGGCUUUUUUGCGUUGUUUUUUGGCAAACCCAUCAGUUUCUUUCUCUCUCUGCCAUACUAUAAGUUUUGAAUCUGUAGUGUGACAAAAUUUUGUAAAUUCUCAAAAAAGGUUUGUCUGACUGCAGAUUGUAGGAGUGUGUUAUUGAUGUAGACUAUUUUCUCAUGAUGUAAUCUACAAAGAAAGGAGAACAUUUUAACAUCUGGGGGGAGACAAAAUGGCUGUUGAUUGUAAAAGUAUUAAAUAUAUAAUGAGGAAAAAAUCA